GUCUGGUCACAUGCUGGGAAGGAAGUGGCGGCUUCAUGUCACACAUGCAUACCGACAAAGUGAAUGGCACACGGGCGCAGGAGUGACAGCGAGGCGAGCAGCACCGCCACAGCGCGUUCACGGCAGCCGGCUGAAGCCCACGCUCCACGGGGGGGAAGGAGAAGAAGAAGAGGAAGAAGAAGGAGGGGAAGCGCGUGCGUGGGAGAGGAUGGAGCUGAAACCCACGGGAGGUUAAUAUAGUAUCCCGAGACCGGGACCGUAGCGGGAACUCCACGGGCGGCGGCAGGUUAAAUUUGGCACAGGUGCGAAAAGUUGUGUACAAUGGUGAUAAAUGGGUCCCACCUGAACAGCUCCAGUGACGCCGUGCUGAGCCGCCCGCCGUGGGUCACCACAACUUUGGGCUGCUUCCUCAUCUUCACCAUCGUCGUGGACAUCCUGGGCAACCUGCUGGUCAUCUUCUCCGUGUAUCGGAACAAGAAGCUCAGGAACGCAGGGAACAUCUUUGUGGUGAGCCUGGCGGUGGCAGACCUCGUGGUGGCCAUCUACCCGUACCCUCUGGUCCUCACUUCCAUCUUCCACAAUGGCUGGAACCUGGGUAACGUCCACUGCCAGAUCAGCGGCUUCCUCAUGGGCGUCAGCGUCAUCGGCUCCAUCUUCAACAUCACCGGCAUCGCCAUCAACCGAUACUGUUACAUCUGCCACAGCCUCAAAUACGAUAAACUGUACAGCGACAAAAACUCUGUGUGCUAUGUGAUGCUGAUCUGGGCGCUGACUGUCGUGGCCAUCGUGCCCAACCUGUUUGUGGGUUCGCUUCAGUACGACCCACGAGUGUACUCCUGCACCUUCGAGCAGUCGGCCAGCUCAGCGUACACUAUCGCAGUGGUUUUCUUUCACUUCAUUUUGCCCAUCAUGAUUGUCACCUACUGCUACCUGCGCAUCUGGAUAUUGGUCAUCCAGGUGAGGAGGCGGGUCAAGCCAGACAAUCGGCCCAAGCUGACGCCGCACGACGUCCGAAACUUUAUCACCAUGUUCGUGGUGUUCGUGCUCUUCGCCGUUUGCUGGGCGCCGCUCAACUUCAUCGGCCUGGCUGUAGCGAUCAGACCAGAGGUGGUGGUUCCCCUCAUCCCCGAGUGGCUAUUUGUGGCCAGCUACUUCAUGGCCUACUUCAACAGCUGCCUUAAUGCCAUCGUGUACGGUGUGCUGAACCAGAACUUUCGGCGCGAGUACAAGCGUAUUGUAGUGUCGGUGUGUACAGCUCGCAUCUUUUUCCAGGACAGCUCUAACGACGCCGGGGAGAGGCUGAAGAGUAAACCAUCGCCGCUCAUGACCAACAAUAACCAGGUGAAGGUGGACUCUGUCUGAACCACGACCCAGAGACACAGAUGAAUAUGCUGUUACUGAGAGUUUAAAAAAACAAAACAAAAAAGCUGAGUAAGAAAAAUACCAAAUAUAAAUCUAAAGCAGCUUCUGUCCUUUGAGCUGUCCGGACUGUCAUAUGGUGCUAUCUGACCUCUGAACAAUCACAGUAAAAACAGAGGUGCAUAUAAUCCUUGUCUUUUAUCAAGCACUUUUGUUUGCCUCUGCAGUACCUGUAGUACAGUAAAUAUAUGGUCUGUUUUGUUUUCAUGUUUACAGUGAUGAUAUAAAUGUAUCAUGCAUUAUAUAAGUAUUUAUUUUGUAUGAAAUGUCAUGUAGAUAUAUAAUAAGGUAUAUCAUCAGGUUACAGUUAAAUGAAGCAAAAUUUUAUGAGGCCAACAAAAAAAAAUUAUACAAAACUUGGUUGAAAAUAUAACUGCAAGUUUCUAAGUGAAGUUAACCAAUUUUAAUAAUCUCAUUUGUGACACUGUAACACUAAUUGAGUGCAAACAAUGUGGGUUGCUGCUGUCUUAUUAUACCCUACAGUACUGUCCCUUACAUUAGGUGGAAUAUAUAUUUUAGUAAGAAAGAUCUCUCUAUCUUUCUCUCUUGCUCUCUCUGUCUUUCUAUCUAUCUACCACCUUGUGAGCUCAUUAUACUGUAUGCAUGGAUAUCAGGAAUUGUUCAUAUGCAAAAUAAAAUCUGAUAUUGAUGGAGGA